UGCACUUCCGGAACUUUCGCAAUGGUUUUCUCCCGCAGAGCGCCGGAGCGCGUGCAGGGAGCAUCAGGACCGAGCCUUCUUCUCCCAGCGAGGAACUGAUGAAUGGAGUGGAAGCGGCCAAGACCUAUUUCUCAUUAUUACUUCAGAAAUAAAAAAAAGAGGUCCACGCGGAGGAACUCCUCGCGGAAGAAACGGCCCCGCGGAAGGUGAGCAGUGCAGCCAUGCUGAGGUAGCAGCAGCCUGCAGGUCAGGAUGUCUGCUGAAGAAGAGGAGCGUCUGAAUGGAGGGAAGAGGGCGAGAGAGAUCUGCUACGCCACUGAUGAAGACGAAGACAGCGAUGGAGAUGAAGAGGAGGAGGAUGAGUGGAUACCUGACCAGUCCCACAGCGCCCCCUUCAGCUCCGAGAAUGAGGCCCAGGGAGGCGACUCGGCCGCGUGGCAGUGUACCCCUCCUCCAUCUACCUCACCUUCGGGGGAAACGGCGGCCCAUCGUCCGACCUCCCAGCCCGCAUCCAGAUCCCGCUCCAGGACGGCCAACCAAAGCCCCACCCCUUCCUCCGCCCUGACGGAAACCAAGAAGAGGAGCUCCAAACCAACGCACAUGAGACGCAACAUCAGGAAGUUACUGAGGGAGCAUCAGUUAGAGUCGGUGACCAAAGCCGCCCAGCAGGACGAGUUGGAGAGGAGGCGACGUCUGGAGCAGCAAAGCAAACAGGAUUUCCCCGUACCACUGCUGCCUGAAUACACAACUGGUGAUGUGUCGUCAUCGGCGGCGUCGACAGCGUCGCAGCAAGAAGUGAAGUCGGGCCGACGGGGAGUGAUCUGUCUGGACUCCAGCAGCGCGGGCAUCAGCAACACUAAUGUGCCCACCUCCGCCACCACAGAGCGUUCACACAAAACAGAUGUGAUAGCUCUGAGCUUGGGCGAGGACAACACCGCCGUCCACGUCGGCAGCAAAUUCACCACCGAGGAAGAAGAGAGCGAGCCAAGCGACGCGCACGCUAAUGACGCCCUGAACCGGCCGGACCCCCAGGGCAGGGUGCUGGUCAACUUGAACCAUCCGGCUGCGGAGAAGGACCUGUUCCUGUUGCCUCAGCUGGCGCGAGCAGUCAAACCUCACCAGAUCGGUGGAAUCCGUUUCCUGUAUGACAACCUGGUGGAGUCGGUGGAGCAGUUCGGCAGCAGCAGCGGAUUCGGCUGCAUCCUCGCUCACAGCAUGGGCCUGGGCAAAACGCUGCAGGUCAUCUCCUUCAUCGACAUCCUGUUCAGACACACCCAGGCUCACACCGUUCUGGCCAUCGUACCUGUGAACACGCUGCAGAACUGGCUGUCAGAGUUCAACAUGUGGGUCCCGCCCCCGGAGACGUUGCCUCCAGAUACCGACCCGGGACUGGUUACACCUCGUGCCUUUAAGGUUUACAUCCUCAACGACGAACACAAGAACACAGCGACCAGGGCCAAGGUGGUGGAGGAUUGGGCUCAGGACGGAGGGGUGCUGCUGAUGGGCUACGAGAUGUACCGCCUCCUGUCGCUGAAGAAGAGCUUUGUGGCUGGGAGGAAGAAGAAGAGCAAGAAAACAACAGGACCUGUCGUCAUCGACCUGGAUAAAGAGGACCGGCAGCAGGAACUGCUCAAAGGGAUCGAGCGAGCCUUGGCCCGGCCCGGUCCAGACGUGGUGAUAUGUGACGAAGGCCAUCGCAUCAAGAACUGCCACGCCAACACGUCGCAGGCUCUGAAGAACAUCCAAACCCGGCGCCGUGUGGUCCUGACCGGCUAUCCGCUCCAGAACAACCUGAUCGAGUACUGGUGCAUGGUCGACUUUGUCCGACCCGACUUCCUAGGUACAAGGCAGGAGUUCAGUAACAUGUUUGAGCGUCCCAUUUUGAACGGGCAGUGUGUGGACAGCACGCCUCAGGACGUCCAGCUGAUGAGGUACAAGAGCCACGUCCUGCACAGCCUGCUGGAGGGCUUCGUUCAGAGGCGAGGUCACGAUGUCCUGAAGGACCAGCUGCCCUCUAAAGAAGAACAUGUAAUCCUGGUGCGUCUGUCUCCCCUGCAGAGGGCGCUCUACACAGAGUUCAUGAACCGCUUCAGGGAGGCAGGAAACUCCGGCUGGCUCAGCCUUAACCCACUGAAGGCUUUCUGCGUCUGCUGCAAGAUUUGGAACCAUCCAGACGUGCUGUACGAGACAUUACAGAAGGAAAACCUGGCCAGUGACCAGGACUUGGACCUUGAUGACAUCACUUCCACAGGUCUCACCCGAUGUCCAACCGCACCCAAUCAGAAGUCCAAGCCCCUUCAGAACCCCAACCCCGUUGGUGGACUAAGUCUGAACCAGCUGCAGGAGAAAGCAAAUCAGGUCAUCACUUACGAAUGGGCGAGGGACAUCCUGUAUGACUACAAGCCCGGCAUCCUGGAGCACUCAGCAAAAAUGGUGCUGCUGUUCCAUCUUAUAGAGGAGAGCGUCAGGAAGGGAGACAAAAUCCUCGUCUUCAGUCAGAGUCUGUCAACACUCACAUUAAUUGAGGAUUUUCUGGCCAAGAGACCAGUGCCUCCAUCGCCCAACACGUCCAGCAGGGACAUACCCAACCAGAACUGGGUCCGCAACCUCAACUACUACAGACUGGAUGGAAGCACAACGGCCUCAGAGAGAGAGAGGCUUAUAAACCAGUUCAACGCUCCGUCCAACACCUCAGCGUGGGUUUUCCUGCUGUCAACUAGGGCUGGUUGUCUGGGCGUCAACCUGAUCGGGGCGAACCGCGUGGUGGUGUUUGACGCCUCCUGGAACCCGUGCCAUGACGCGCAGGCCGUGUGCCGCAUCUACCGCUACGGUCAGAGGAAGCCGUGUCAUAUCUACCGGCUGGUGUGCGACUUCACGCUGGAGAAGAAGAUCUACGACCGCCAGAUCUCUAAACAGGGCAUGUCAGACCGGGUGGUGGAUGACCUGAACCCUGUGCUGUCCUUCACCCGGAGGGAAGUGGAGUCUCUUCUCCACUUCGUGGAGGAGGAGCCGGACCCCUCCCAGGUUCAGCUGCAGCCCCACGACAGCAUGGAGGGCGUCCUGCAGAAGGCUGUGCACCUCUAUCCUCACCAGAUUACUAAGCAACCGUUCCCCCACGAGUCCCUGCUGAUAGACCGCAGGGAGCUGAAGCUGACCAAAGCGGAGAAAAAGGCAGCGAAGAAAAGUUACGAAGAGGAGAAGAGGGCAUCUGUGCCAUACACUCGCCCUUCCUACGCUCACUACUACCCUGCCAGUGACCAGAGCCUCACUAACAUCCCUGCCUUCAGUCAGAGAAACUGGCGUCCACCUCCUCGUUCUGAAGAGAAGCCAGUCGCCAGCGUGCGGCCAGUCCAGUCAACUCCGGUUCCCGUGAUGCCCCGCCAGGCGUCUGCAGGCUCUGCUCCAAGCGACGACUCGUCAGAAUCCAGCAUCGGAGGCUUUCCCAUCAACUGCCUGCAGAAAGCCGGGGUGUUUGUACAAAGGAUCGUCACCACUACUGACAUCGUGAUUCCAGGCACCAACAGCUCAACAGAUGUGCAGGCCAGGAUCACUGCUGGAGAGAGCAUCCACAUCAUCAGGGGCACCAAAGGGACUUACAUCCGGUCGUCAGAUGGUCGAAUCUUUGCCAUCAGAGCAGCUAAUAAGGCCAAGACUGCAGAGGAGAGCACUGCAGCGCCACCCAGAGACUCUCAGGCCCUACCAGAGGAAGCGUCAACCAAUGGCAGCAGUGGUUGCCUGUCACCUGACAGGAAGCAGCAGCCACGCCCUCUUUCCCCUGACAGCCCGGAGAUCAUCAGCGAGUUGCAGCACUACACAGGUGUUACAGGGGCCGGCUCCGCCUUAGGCUCCGGAGCUCCACCAGAGAGGGCAGCAGAGAGCACCAUGAACAGCCUGGCUCAGACCAACGGCAGUAAUGGGAGCAGUUUUGCUCUUGGAAAUCUGAGCCACAAUGUUCCCUCUGUGACUAAUGAGAUCCAGCCCUCUGUAGCCCAAGACCUGAGAACAGGCUCCAAGCGCAAAGCCCCCACCCUGUCCCCGGAUGAGCGGCCCAAUAAGCAGCCCCCUGCAGGCAAACACUCCUCAGCCCCUCUGGCGACACAAGGCUUCCCCUUCUCUGGGGGCUAUGGCCUCCCUCCUCUGGGUCUCAACCCUGGCAUGCUGGGCGGUUCAUUGGGGCACCCGCUCUUCAUGGGGGCAGGCUCGCCUUACUUCCAGCCCCCCCACACUCAGCUGAGGGACCCCAGUUACAUGUACCCAGAUCUGUUCGGCUUUGGCGGAGCCAGCACUGUCCCCACCUCCUCUUCCUCCGCCUGCUCCACGACAACCACUGCGGCUACGGUCUCCUCUUCCUCAUCAUCUUCUGCCAGUUCAGUCCCAGGAGCCCUGCCACCGUUCAUGCUGAGCCCCAGCAUGGUGGGCAUGGCCGGGAUGCUCCUGCCAGGCUUCCCUCUCUCUUACAGUCAGUCUCUGGCCAGCCUGUACACAGGGUCGAUGCUCCCCGGUGGGCUGCCGGGUCCAGCCGCCACCCCUGGGCCAGCUGGAGCCAGCUUCCUCUCCCAGUACCCUCCCACUGCUGCUUCCAGUUCCUCCUCAUCGUCUCCUUCCUCCUUCUCCCCUUCAGCACGGUCUGAGGGCCACCGGGGCCCGGUGCCGAUGAAUGGCAGGAAUGGCAGCAGCGCCAGCAGCUCGGACGAUGACAAUGAUGUAAUUGAGGUGAGGGGACAGUGACGGACCGAUGAUGCGGUUGUUGGCGCAAGCUUGAUUCAAUUUAAAAAUCAUCAAAGUGGCAUGACAUCCUGUUGGCCGGGAGGCCAUGAGGGAAAUGGACAAGAAAUGAAAGACAAUUGUUACUGCUGAAGAGUUUCCUCUGGUCGCCUCUACUGCCUUUGGAGCAACAGUCCCAGUGGGGAUGAAGACAGACUGGACACAAAGCGACAAAUCUUAAUGCUGGAUUUUAGAAGAUGAAACCUGGGGAGGAAAAAAAGCUCCAGAGGGAAGAAGAAAAUAAAAAUCUGAAGAUUU